CAAUGCCCUUUACAACAUUUUACAGAGAAAAGCCACAUCAUGGGGUCUUCGUCGAGUAUUAUGAGGCCUGAGGAGCUGAUCGAGUUCCGGAAGCUCAACACCACCAUCGAAAAUGUGGAAGUGCCCGCCCGAGCGGAAAACAGGGUUGUCACGGAUAAGAAAGGAUUCGUGUUUUUUGGAAUUGCUAUACUACUUUUGAUACCAUGCCUAGUGUACACCUUGAUGACAGUAGACACAAGACUUAUGACUCACGAUACCGACAACUGCGGAAACUUCUGUGGACUCAACAACUCGCGACGCCCACGUGUUCCUUGCUCGGGUAAAGAUUUCAGAUCGAAACCAGACGUGGAUGGAAACGGCGAAUGUACUAAAUUGUUGUUCAGGAAUGAGUUCCGCAGCUUGGGUGGAAGAUCGUAUACGCUUGACUUCAAAGAAUUGAUGGGUGAAAGUGAAAGCGUGUGGUGGAGGUACGUCUUGGCGAUAUUUUUCACAAUCGUUCUAGGUGUACUCACACUGGUACUACUAAGGUUUGCCCCAGCUCCGUUUGUGUGGGGUAUUUUGACUAUAUCGAUGUUGGGUUUAUUGGCUAUUACAGGAUAUCAUUGGGUUUUGUACUUCCAAAACGAUGAAAUAUCGUGGCCACCAAGGGAACAAGUGCCUCUUGCAAGUGUUAUUUUUUGGACAAUUUUUUGUUUUAUAAUGAUGGUGAUUCUUUUGGUCGUCUCUAAACGAAUAGGUUUGGUUAUUCAGUUAUACAAAGAAACAACCAAAGUUCUUGCUGCUAUGCCCUCAAUAGUGUUCUUUCCGAUAUUCAUAGCAUUCAUCCAAAUUAUUGUAUUCAUAGCAGCCAUAGUUACCACUUUUUGGAUGUUGUUCGCCCAAAAACUGACAAAAGAAGGUCCAAACCUGUACACGUACCAACUGUCUGGAAUCGCUAUUUUCACAAUCGUUUUCAAUGUAAUCGUCGCCAGUUGGGUUAUGCGAUUUAUUGCAGGAAUUCAGUACAUGACCAUUGCUGGAAGUGUGGCACAGUGGUACUUUUCCAGAAACAAAGACCAGUUGAAUUCUCCAGUCUGGACUAGUUUUAAAAUUACACUGAAGUACCACCUUGGAACUAUCGCAUUCGGAUCUUUCUUGAUGACGCUGUUCGCCGUAGUGAAGAUACUUCUGAAGAUAAUUUUCAGAAACGCGUGCUGCAAGUGUUUCAUGAAAUUGUGCUGCAACAAUGCAGAGAUGCUCCUGAAAUUCUUGUCUGGAAACUCUUAUAUACAAACGGCAAUUCAUGGCCAGUCUUUUCUGAGAUCGGCCAAGCGAGCCACAAAACUACUUCUGAAAAAUCUUGCUAACAUUGUCGUGAUAAGCUGUGCCGGAGAUUUUAUUUUGGGUGUAAUUAUAGCUCUUGUAGCUGUACUAGCCUCAGCAAUUUCGUUCGCACUCUUUAAGGAUACUCAUGAUCCAAAAGAAGCUACAUCCAUCUGUUUUGUCAUUAACAUUGUCAUUAUUUGCGUGAUAUUUGGGACCUUCCAAACCAUCAUCGACACCCUCUUCAUCUGCUUCUGUGAAGACUCAAUCAUGAAUGACGGUAUCUCAAGACCCUACUACAUGUCUCGAGGUCUGAUGGAGUUUAUCGAAAAUUCGAAGAAAGGGCAGCCGCAACCAGUUACAGAAUAAAAUCUAUGUCUAAUUCUGCAUCUUCAUCUAUACCCUGAAGAUGCAAAGUAUUUAACGAGCGUAAUUCAAAGUUCAAAUUACGAGUCAGUGCCAACUAGUUUGUAGUUCGUUCCUCUUGAUCUAUGUACAAAUUAUAGAAGGCGUCAAUUAUAUUGUGUCAAAAUAACUGCCUUCCGAUAUUCUUGUAGCGUCAUUCUGUGUGAUAUUUGUUAAAGCAACGUCCAAACUAUUUUAGGUUCAAACCUACCUCGUAUCUCGUCUGUUUAAUAAACACGCACAUAAAUGUUUAUAUUUAUAAACUAACUUUAGUUAUGUGUCUAAGUGCUUAUUUCGGAUCUGCCAUUUGGCACUAUUUUUUUGAUAUUAAUAUUUUUAUUUUGUUUAAGUAGGGUUAUUUUUGUAAGCCGAACCAAUUGAAUGAUCUAGUUCCUAAUAUUAAUUAUUAAUCUAUGAUGUAAUAAUUGUAGAUAGAUAACAAUGUUUAUAAUAUUUGUGUGUAUAUU